AUGCUACGACAAUCGGCUCGUCUAUGGUUUCGGGCGCCUCGAUCACCAUUCCUGACUAUCCAGCAAGAAGAAACGCCUGCCAUUCUUUUUGCAGCCAUCGGUAAUCCUGUAUCGCAAUACUCUGGCACAAGGCACAAUGUUGGAGUUUGGGUGCUCAACGAAGUUCUCAAGAACAAACAAGACGUCCCACCGUUCACUCCGUCUCCCUUACUUAAAGGUGCCCUAAUCUCUGAGCCUCGGGAUCUUAAUUGUGUAUUCUUCCAAUCCACCCUGACUUUCAUGAAUCUUCAAGGGAGCCCCAUCUCCAAAGUGUGGAACCAUUUCAGACAGCAACACCCACAAAGCUCUUCAGCACUUGUCAUUCUUCAUGACGAGAUUCAAAUCCCACUUGGCAAAGUUCAGGUUCGUCGUCAAAACACAAGUGCCAGGGGCCACAACGGUUUACGAUCCAUAGACAAGGCCAUAGGCCCCAAGUACACGAAAAUUGGCAUUGGAAUAGGCAAGCCCAACCACAGUGCAAUUGAUCGUUUCGUUCUCUCUAAGUUUUCCCUUUCAGAGCUUCUGACCUUGUCGGAGCUCAGCGUUCCACAAGUUGACGCUGUUAUUGAGGAAAUGUUGAAAGGCAAGUACAUCUACGAAAGAGCUUAA